UGCAUAUGGAAGUAUUUGUCCUCUCCUCUAGGUUUUUUUGCUGCCUUUUGAGAUCAAUCAACUGUAUUAUUAAUGUCCAAAGAAAAAGGAAAUAUAAGAGGGUAUGUUGAAUUUAUUAAUACUUGAAAUAAUAAAUUUCUAUGUUAAAUUUAAUGAUUUAUAACUAACAAUUUAAGCAAUAUGCCUGUGUUACUGUUAGAAAGCUGAUGGUUGCUUGCCACCAUGACAAGUUCAUGGUUGUUUGCCUAAACUCUUUCACCACCACUCGUGUAAAUGUUCUUUCCGGCUAAAAAUAGUAAAACAGAGAAUACGAUAACACUGUUUUUUGGCAGCAAAAAGAAAAGAAAGGAGGGUCAUUUCUGGUCUAAGGAGGGUUGGAGAUCAAUUUAGAUCUCCAAAAUUUUAUUUAAAAAAACAAAACAAAGCUAAAAGAAAAGGAAAAGCAUGGCUAGUAAUUUUAAUCCAUGGUUUUAUCUCAUUUGCUUCUUCUUCCUUGCUGGACUUGCCACCUCUUCCUCGUUCAUUUCCUAUGAUGCACUUGAUGUUCAUGGAGGUCCCGGCCGAACCCUCCUUCAGAUGAAAAAAGCAUGCAACAUAAGCUUUGAAAAUUUGGACUACAGUGUCCUCACAGACAAGUGCAAAGGACCCCAAUACCCAGCCAAGCCAUGCUGUGAUGCUUUCAAGGAAUUUGCUUGCCCUUUUAGUGAUGCCAUAAAUGACCUGGAAUCUGACUGCGCUUCGACCAUGUUUAGCUUCAUAAACCUCUAUGGGAAAUACCCUCCUGGCUUGUUUGCCAAUGAAUGCAGAGAAGAUAAGAAUGGUCUUGAUUGCCAAAAUGUGGAACAAUCUAAAAAGAGUGGAGGGGUUCAAAUUGCAGCUGCUCAAUCCUCAUUGUUGAUGCUCACAGCAGGACUAAUAGUGUUGUUGUUACAAUUGUUCUAGACUGUUCAGAGUGGAUAGCCAUUCAUUUCCUAACUGAUACACCUUCCUGUCUCAAAGUAUUGCUUCAUCAAAUUAUGGUUUCUCCAUCGUUGUUUUCUCCACCACUGGGCUACAGUUUGGUAUUCUAUUAACUACUAAAUGGUGCAUAAUAUGCUAUCCAAUUCUUUCGACUUCGACAAGCCAUGUACUGUCUUACUGUAAACCUGUGUGUAGCUAUUUGACAAUCAAAAGAUAUUCCUGAAUAUUAAUGGAUAUAACAUUACUAUAAA